UGAUACCGGACGAGAGUGGAGACGGAGCACUGCUGCCCGUGCGGAUAUUUACCGGGUGGUUGUACUUACCUUUUUUUAUUCUCCGAGUACAAAUUAUCGGUCAAACGCCAGUGCAAGAAGCCGCGAAGCUAAUAUUUUAGUCUCAGAUUUGGAAGUUGCCCAGACUGAGGCUUUGACAGAAAGAUGGCUACUCAGGCUGACCUGAUGGAGCUGGACAUGGCCAUGGAACAGGACCGUAAAUCUGCGGUCAGUCACUGGCAGCAGCCGUACCUGGACUCUGGCAUCCACUCUGGUGCCACCACCACUGCCCCCUCGCUGUCGGGAAAGGGCAACCCGGACGAGGAGGAGCUGGACAACCAUGUCCUGUAUGAGUGGGAACAGGGCUUUAACCAGCCCUUCACCCCCGAGCAGGUCACUGACAUGGACGGGCAGUAUGCCAUGACCCGGGCCCAGCGGGUGCGGGCCGCCAUGUUUCCCGAGACGCUGGACGAGGGCAUGCAGAUCCCCUCCACCCAGUUUGACUCCGCCCACCCCACCAACGUCCAGCGCCUGGCCGAACCCUCCCAGAUGCUCAAACACGCGGUGGUCAACCUCAUCAACUACCAGGACGACGCUGAGCUGGCCUCCAGAGCCAUACCGGAGCUCACCAAAUUACUGAACGAUGAAGACCAGGUGGUGGUGAACAAGGCAGCGGUGAUGGUGCACCAGCUCUCCAAGAAGGAGGCGUCCCGUCACGCCAUCAUGCGCUCCCCUCAGAUGGUGUCUGCCAUCGUGAGGACCAUGCAGAACACCAGCGACGUGGAGACGGCCCGCUGCACCGCCGGAACUCUACACAACCUGUCCCACCACAGAGAGGGCCUGCUCGCCAUCUUCAAGUCCGGAGGCAUCCCCGCGCUCGUCAAGAUGCUGGGCUCUCCGGUGGACAGUGUGCUCUUCUACGCCAUAACGACUCUGCACAACCUCCUCCUUCACCAGGAGGGCGCCAAGAUGGCCGUGCGCCUGGCCGGGGGCCUGCAGAAGAUGGUGGCUCUGCUGAAUAAGACCAAUGUCAAAUUCCUGGCCAUCACCACGGACUGUCUGCAAAUCCUCGCCUACGGGAACCAGGAGAGCAAGUUGAUCAUCCUGGCCAGCGGAGGACCCCAGGCCCUGGUCAACAUCAUGAGGACCUACACCUAUGAGAAGCUUCUGUGGACCACCAGCCGCGUGCUCAAAGUGCUCUCUGUCUGCUCCAGCAACAAGCCUGCCAUCGUCGAAGCUGGGGGUAUGCAGGCCUUGGGUCUCCAUCUGACCGAUCCCAGUCAGCGUCUGGUACAGAACUGCCUGUGGACUCUGAGAAACCUGUCUGACGCCGCCACCAAGCAGGAGGGCAUGGAAGGCUUGUUGGGGACCCUGGUGCAGUUGCUGGGUUCAGACGACAUAAACGUGGUCACGUGUGCGGCCGGCAUCCUGUCCAAUCUCACCUGUAACAACUAUAAGAAUAAGAUGAUGGUGUGCCAGGUGGGUGGGAUCGAGGCAUUGGUCCGCACCGUGCUCCGCGCCGGCGACCGCGAAGACAUCACCGAACCCGCCGUCUGUGCCCUGCGCCACCUGACCAGCCGGCACCAGGAUGCAGAGAUGGCCCAGAAUGCCGUGCGGCUGCACUACGGCCUUCCUGUGGUGGUCAAACUGCUGCACCCACCCUCACACUGGCCUCUCAUCAAGGCUACAGUCGGCUUGAUCCGGAACCUGGCCCUGUGCCCAGCCAAUCACGCCCCACUGCGUGAGCAAGGCGCCAUUCCCCGUCUGGUCCAGCUGCUGGUCAGAGCGCACCAGGACACCCAGAGACGCACCUCAAUGGGCAACACACAGCAGCAGUUUGUGGAGGGUGUUCGUAUGGAGGAAAUUGUGGAAGGAUGCACAGGUGCUCUUCACAUCCUGGCCAGAGACGUUCACAACAGAAUCGUGAUCAGAGGACUGAACACCAUUCCUCUGUUUGUACAGCUGCUGUAUUCGCCCAUAGAGAACAUCCAGAGGGUGGCGGCUGGUGUGCUCUGUGAACUGGCUCAAGACAAGGAGGCAGCCGAGGCCAUCGAGGCCGAGGGCGCGACCGCACCCCUCACCGAACUGCUCCACUCCAGGAACGAGGGCGUAGCAACCUACGCGGCUGCCGUGCUGUUCCGCAUGUCAGAGGACAAACCUCAGGACUAUAAGAAGCGUCUGUCUGUGGAGCUGACCAGCUCUCUGUUCAGAACAGAGCCCAUGGCCUGGAGUGAGACUGGGGACCUGGGGCUGGACAUUGGGGCCCAGGGAGAGCCUAUGGGAUACAGGCCAGACGACCCCAGUUUCCGGUCCUUCCAUUCGGGUUACCCACAGGACGGGCUGGGCAUGGACAGCAUGCUGGAACAGGACAUGGCCGCCCAUCACCCAGGGGCCGAUUACCCCGUGGAGGGCCUGCCCGACCUGGGCCACGCCCAAGACCUCAUGGAUGGCCUGCCCCCCACAGACUCCAAUCAGCUGGCCUGGUUUGACACCGACCUCUAAACUCAGAGUCUACAUAUAUUGAAGCUGAAUCGUUUGAAGAUUGAAUCUGCAUGGUGAUCUUUUGCUUGAAGAAUUGAGGAAAGUGAAGAUGGCGGGCUCGCAUAUCAGAAAGUGCCUGACACAAACACACUCAUACACACACACGCACCUACACACACACACAUGCACGCCUACACACAAAAUAUAGAAAUAUAUAUCAACACACACACACACAGGAAAUGGAGGAUUCCCUCCUGAUCAGGUCAAGGCGGUUGGGGCAGCAUUUUUAACGCCUUUAUUCUUAUUCUCAUCCUUUUUGGUUUUGCCCUGAAAGAAAGAGUACAAGUACCAGGGGAUAUGUGGAGCGGAUGCUCAACGGAGGAAAUGCAGGAAAGGAGAGCUUCACGUGGAACUACAUACCUUUUUAGCUUUGCCUGUUUUUAUCACACAGUCUUUUCUUCCUG